GAGCUCCUCAGAGAGACGGCAGGGCUGGAAAACAGCAGUAAAGCGUGGAUGAAUAGACCGGAGGAGGAGGGAAGAGUGUAAAUCAGUUCCAGCGCCUCUGUUGGGAUCUGAAAGGGCAUUUCGGGUUCAUUCAGACGACAAUCUGCUGUUUGUGAAGGUGUGUGUGUGUGUGUUUUGUUCUGAAUGAGCCAGCAGCAUGGUGUUGCUUUAAGAGGGAUCCGCUAUCUGAGUGGAUGGAAAUGUUAGGGCUGUACCCCACUUUUCUCUCUAUUCACCCCGCGUGUGCUUAGAGAAAUCCCGCCCGGGGUCGAGCGACAGGUCCUGGGAUGUGAGACAGUGAGCAGGAGAUCCAGGCCAGACGCACUGAAUCAUUUCUGAGCGCUGAAUUCCUGCGGGAGGAUGUCAUCGGCCGCCCCGGAGCUGUGAAGCGCUGCUACAGCCACUGCCGCUCUCCCUGCCGCUGCCGCCGCUGCCGCUCUCCCUGCCGCUGCUACAGGACAUGGGGGACCUGAGCCAGGCCAGCCCCUGGAAAAACACUUUCAUUGUUCCUGCAAUCAAAUCUUUUGACCAUUAUGAUUUUAACAGAGCUAAAAUCCGCGCGAGCCUCACAUGGCUCGUGGCCAAAGCCUUUGGUACAGACAGCAUCCCGGACAAACUGAAGGAUCCAUUUUACACAGAUCAGUACGAGCAGGAGCACGUGAAGCCGCCGGUGGUCGACCUGCUGCUCUCGGCCGAGCUGUACUGCCGCGCAGGCAGUCUGAUCCUCAAAAGCGAUGCUGCCAAGCCACUGCUGGGCCAUGACGCUGUCAUCCAGGCCCUGGCUCAAAAAGGCUUGUAUGUGACCGUCCAUGAGAGACUGGUCACUGAGAGAGACCUGUCCAUGAGACCAAUUCAGAUGAGUGCCCACCUGGCGCUGAUUGACACGUUGAUGAUGGCCUAUACAGUGGAGACGGUGAGUAUGGACAAAGUGGUAGCGUGCAUGCAGCAGUACUCUACCGACUGCGCUGACGGAGACAUGCCCUACGACACGGAGGAUGGCGUCAUUAGCUGGAUGAAUAAGGUGAACGAAUACUUGAAAGAGAUCAUCAUUCAGGAGCAAAGCAGGAGAGAGGCACAGAAGGCAGAGCCCCUUGAGAUCCCUAAGUCUCCAACCAAAUGGUAUAUGAAGCUGGUUCCUGCCCGCUAUAGAAAGGAACAGACAUUGCCUAAAACAGUGCCGUGGAUCCCCCCAGUGGACAACCUGCUGAAGGACAGCACAGAUGGCUGCGCCCUUGCCGCACUGCUGCACUUCUACUGCCCUGACCUCGUCAAACUAGAGGACGUGUGCCUGAAAGAAAGCAUGUCAUUAGCGGACAGCUUAUACAAUCUGCAGCUUGUUCAGGACUUCUGCCGCGAACACUUGAACCGCUGCUGCCACUUCAGCCUGGAGGAUAUGCUCUACGCCUCUUCUUCCAUCAAAAACAACUACCUUGUGUUUGUGGCUGAGCUCUUCUGGUGGUUUGAAGUGGUGAAGCCAUCAUUUGUGCAGCCUCAGGUUUUGGUCAAUGACGCACCAGCUCCAUCACUGAAGAAUGUGCCAUCUGUGCCCAUCUCAAAAGUCACAAAGAGAAGCUUCAUGGAACGACCACCCAGUCCAGACAGACCAAGUCUCCCACUUCGACAACAGCCUUUGACAUCAAACUCAGGUGAGAUCAGACGAUCAACCUCCAUGUCGUUUGUUGACAGCUUUUUGGGGACUUGGCCCAAGGAGAGGAGGUCAGGGACUCAGGGAGUGUCCUUUGACAUCCCAUUUGAUAAAGACAAUACCACCCAAAAUCUUACACAACCCAGACGGGGUAUGACCAGGUCUGUGAGCACUGAGGGCUUUGGGCUCAAAUUAGCCAAGGGAAUGAAGCGAAAUCUAUCCUUCCAACCUGUCAAUGGCCAAAACAUUGGUAUUGAGGAAGAGGGCUGUCCAGAUACCCUUGUGGGAAUCCAACAUGAUGGUCUGAAUGGCACAGCACAGAGUAGCAUUGAGGAAGCCCUGGAAAUAAUCCAUAAUUCAGAAGAGCAACAGGAAGACACCAGGGUUGAGGCAGAGAAUGAAGGUUUCUUCCUUCACAUGCAGACCAAAGGAGAGCUGACCCCUAAAACCCAAGCUGAAGAAGGUGACUCUUUGUCAGAGGCCAUGGGCAUUUCAAGUGCUUCAACUACGGAGGUGGACACUGGAAUCCAUGUAAAGACAGAAGACAUCCAAGAGACUCUUGAUGAGGACUCAUCGCUGAGAGACUGCACAACAAGCAUGGAGUUAGAUGCAGACCAGUACUUUGAGGCUAGAGCAAGUCACAGCCAGGAUUCCAUUAGUUCAUAUCCCAGCAGUGUUGGCACCAAGUCUCCCAUAGCUGAUACCCCCAUGGGGGUUAAGAUGACCAGCUUUGCUGAACAAAAGUUGAAAAAACUCAAUCCAAACGCAGAGUCCAAAGGGGGCACCUCUCAGGGGACCACACCAGACAGUUCAGACCUCAACCUUCCCCAUUCAGUCUCCUGGGCCCCCUCACCAGAGGCAAGCCCUGCCCACCAGCCACAGAGGGAUCCAGCGCAAGCCAUGGCCGCUGAAAUGGUGCAGCUCCGUAUGCGGCUGGAAGAGAAGCGCCGAGCCAUAGAAGCUCAGAAGAAAAAGGUGGAAGCUGCCUUCACACGUCACAGACAAAAGAUGGGGCGCAGUGCCUUUCUCACAGUGGUCAAGAGAAAGAAUGACGGUGCCUCGCCAAUUCAGGAGUACACCACAAACUCAGAGGGUACCAAGACACUAUCUGAUUCUGCAAAAUCUCCAGAAAAGUCUCCUGUCAAGUCCGUUAGUGAAGAGAGCACGUCUGAGGCAGACUUGCUGGAGUACACGCGUUCUAUCGAGAAGUUGAACACUUCUCUGAGCUUUCUGCAGGCAGAGAUGCAGCGGCUAGCCCAGCAGCAGGAGCUCAUCAUGCAAAUGCGGGAACAGCAGGCGUGGGUUGUUUGUCCAUCACAGCCUUCACCCCAGAAACAAGUACGGGAGCUUAGAGGAAGCGGGACUCGUUCCUCAGGUUCCCCCUCACCCGCAGACUCCCCGCAUACCACCCAUCGCUCCCCAACCAAUAUUAAGAGGAAGUCAGCUUCCUUCCACUCCAAAACCCCACGGACACCCAGGCCUACUGAGCUGAAGAUCACUCCAUUCAACCGAGUUCUCACUGUACCCCAGUCUGUGGACAGCAUACCUCGUCUGCGCAGAUUCUCACCCUCUCAGUCUGUAACCAGCUCCUUUGCAUAUUUGGGGAAUGACACAAAGCCAAGCAAAAAUAAUAUGCAAACUGAACCCUUGUGUACAGACAGUACUGCUUCUGAUCUCACUACUUUACCCACCAAAGACAUACAACAGCCUGAAACCGAAAUAGACACUGCAGAAAAUGGAGAGAUGAAAGAUGAAGGAAAAGAAUCUGAAGGAGAAAUUAAGCCCACAGUGGAAUCUAGUGUUUCUGAGGUGUUGUCACAAGCUGUAAAAGAAACAUUCAUAGUAACUCCUACCGAGAAGCCAACAGAUUUAGUUAGUCAAAGCAACAAAAGCUUGAUCGAAGUACCACUAUCAAUCCUAAAGCCUCUUGAAGGACAGGAGUUGGAAGAGGUUGGAGAGAUCCUGACAGCCGGAGAGAGCCAGGAUGAUGACCAGAAGAUGUGCUGUGGAUUCUUCUUUAAGGAUGACAUGAAGGGGGAGGACAGCAUGGCACUGAAGCGAGCUGCCCUGCUGGAGAAGAGGCAGAGGAGGGAGCGGGAGAAUCAGCAGAGGAAGCAGCAGCUCGAGGCUGAGCUGGAGCAGAAGAAAGAGGAGGCUAGAGUAAAGGCAGAGGAAGAUCGGCUGAAGAAGGAGGAGGAGAAAGCCAGACGGGAGUUCAUCAAGCAGGAGUACCUGAGAAGAAAGCAGCUCAAGCUCAUGGAGGACAUGGACAUGCUGGUGAAAACGCGGCCAGCCACGGCUAAGCAAAAGAAGCCGCGGCCCAAAUCCAUUCACCGGGAUGUGAUCGAGUCACCCAAGACCCCUGUUAGGGCAACAGCAGGUUCACGACCUCGUGUUUUUUCAGUGUCCAGUCUCUCUUUGGCCUCCCUCAAUCUGGGAGACAACGACAGUGUCAGCUCAGAGAAACGAACCCCCAGGCCUGACUCGGCUGACAGCUUCCUGUCUCCUUCUCGGUCUGGGAGCCAUAAUGGAGAGAAAGACUGGGAAAAUGCUUCCACCACCUCCUCUGUCACGUCUGUCACUGAAUACACAGGUCCUAAAUUAUACAAAGAGCCCAGUGCCAAGUCAAAUAAGCAUAUUAUACAGAACGCUUUGGCUCACUGUUGUCUGGCUGGGAAGGUCAAUGAAGGUCAGAAGAACAAGAUCCUGGAGGAGAUGGAGAAAUCACAGGCCAACAACUUCCUAAUCCUGUUCCGUGAUUCGGGCUGCCAGUUCCGCGCUGUGUACACGUACUGCCCCGACACAGAGCAAAUGAACAAGCUGGCCGGGAUCGGGCCCAGGAGCAUCUCGCGCAAGAUGAUCGACGGCCUGUUCAAGUACAAUUCUGACCGGAAGCAGUUUAGCCAAAUCCCAGCUAAGACCAUGUCUGCCAGUGUAGAUGCCAUUACCAUCCACAGCCACUUGUGGCAGACCAAGAAGCCAGGAACACCGAAGAAAGUAGCACCCAACAAGUCCUAAGAUUUUAUAUCAGCUCUCAGUACUGGACUGCUUCUGAUCUCCGCAAUGCUCUCUUUCGCUGUACUUAUAAACUCCAGCCUGCACUGCACAGAAUUCUGCAUCUUUGUCAUACAACACAACACACUUUAACUAAAAUAAAAUAUGCACAACUGGAUUGUAAAACAAUACGGGCUUGUCACUUGAUCUCACUUCUGUAUUUAUAACCUGAGCGUCUCAUUGCAGUUCAGUGAAAGCAUGUGUGUGUGUGUGUGUGUGUGUGUGUGUGUGUGUGGCUGGGUGGGUGGGUGAAUGUGUGUAACUUUUAUAUGUGGCAAGACAAUGGUGAAUAAGGAAAUGAUGUAAUAUGACUGAUAUUUGGUACACUGAAGCACUGAUUGUCAUUUGUGUGUAUAAAGAGAAAUGUUGCAUAUACACUUGUUAACAUGUGGCCUUGGUUUUGAGUUCUUUGGUUACUUUUUGUUUUAUAGGAUGUAAUGAGGAUAUUACCAUUAAAGUGUAUGUUUGUUGUUUUUUUUUUAAGAGCUGGUCACCUGUGGACCUCGCCUUCGGGAGCAAUGCUGUAUGUGCGCGUUAAACAAAUCGAUGUGGUAAUACAUAAUAUAUUUUUGCUUGCAUUUGUUAUGGUUUAAUUUUUUUAAGUGGCUUUGGUUCACAGCAGGAUUGUGAAUUCUUACAGUGUUUUCUGAUUCAAAUUUUAUUAUUAUUCUGCAUAAUCUUACAGAUCAGAGGAAUUGUUUUAAAUUCAAAGCCAUGAUCUGUAUAAUUCGGUGUGUCAUGAUAGGUUGCUAAGGUUUAGAACGCCUGCUGCAUAAUGAUGUGAUUGUACGUUUUUAAAAUGAAGCUAGGAGAUAUUUGAUAAUGCCAUAAUGAAUAAUGUAUCAGUGAUAUUUCUCUUGUCAGCAUCACAGUUAAAAUUAAUAUAUAUUGACAAGUUUCAUUGUAUCAGUAGUUAUACUUGUUUGUCUCAUUUGUGAUAGAUGAUAUAUUUCACCGAUUCUGAAACAGUCAUUACGAUUUCCAGAGUAAAGUUCUGUGUGUGCAAGUGGAGGCAGUUUUGUUCCAUAAUGUCUUAAAAUUUAGCAAAACUGUCAAAAAAACAAUGUGCCAAACGACAUCUUUGUAUUGCUAAUGAAUGAUUUCGACUGAAAACUGAUGCUUUUAUUAAUUUUUUUUAUUGUUAAGUUUUUUAUUUGGCUUGGGAUAUCAGAAGUGGUUGAUGUUUGUGCCAUAUAUUUCAGUGUGAUGAGAAAGCAUGGCCCCUGUUGGAUCUUUGUUGGAUGGAAUAUUGCUGUUUACGGGUCAAGGGUUACUAAAUUCGAUAUGAACGCACGCUGGGUUAUUUUUUUUGUUUUGUUUAUUUCUCCAGUUUUCAUUCGGUUCCUUAUUCCAUGGCCAAUGCCUUUCCACAAUCAUCAGCACACUCCUAUUAAUAAAUACAGUAGAUUCCUGAACGUAUCUUGGGUUGUGCAGUGGAAAAUAUACAGGCCUGAUGUACUGUAUUUGGGGACAACACACACCUUUUUGACGCAGUUGUAUUAAAUAAUUUGGCUGUUCCAAGCCAUUAAAAAGAACUGGCUAUGUAUUUGUAAAUAAGCACAGUUUACAUAUUGUACAGUGUGUUUUGAGCUCAUCUGCCCAUCUUAAUCAAGCAAGGUUUUUUUUCUAGACACUGCUGUCACUAGUUAAAUAGUCAAACACAUCUGAGUCAUAAUGCAUUGAAUAAAGUUGCGCAUGACAUCAAA